CGGUUCAGCGUGUUUCUUUUUUGCACUGGAGUCUCCAAAACAUGCUCUGAGAUCCUGGACUAAAAGCUCCCCUGAAGUGAGCAUGUCUUCGUGAUUCUCAUACCAGACGAGCGCUGUGUCGGCAAGGAAAAACAUAACAUUACAGAAUUGUGCGGCCCAGUUCCAACCGUUAGAACGGCUCCCCCUUCGGUAGUUCGUGAGCCAUUCGUCGACAUCUUCUCCGGCUUUUCCUCCGAAAGUGAGUGGCACCCGGUAGUACCACCACGGAAAAGCCGGUGCUGGCCUUGGAGCCGCGUCAGAGCCUUCGGAAACCUGGUGGCAGGCGCCUUCAGGCAUGUCAGGUUUCAAACAAAUAUUUUAAGAUAACUUUGCUCUUCCAAACAUUUCGACGUUCCUGCGUUUUCUAACGUCAAUAGCAGCGAUAUCUUACAAAAACCAUGGCCACAUUUAUUCAAGCUGGCAUCGUCUUCCUAGUAUUGUGUUGGAAGUGGUGCAUUGUUCAAGCAUGCAAACACAAUGAGCACAAAGUCAAAUGCUAUCAUGAUGUGGGCGUCCCCGGAGAUCUGUGCCCAGGAGUGCAGAGAUGGCCAUGUAGCGGAACGAAGAAGAGGUGUGCAUGUGUGCAGGGAACAUCCCAGAGGUGGGACGGCUACUGCGUGCCCCACAGAGACUGUGUCUUCAGGACCCACCAACCAGAUAAGUUGCUCAGUCUAAAUGAAGACCUCGUCAUGGUGGGCACAUCGACUACCAUAUUCAACCAGAACACCCUCAGAUGCUUUGUGUCCUCGCUGGUCGAACCCGUUUAUUACAACUACCACCGACUCGUGAAGUACCAAAUAUUGGUCAAGGGCAAGUGGGAGCACAGGCAGUAUGAUCUCAAGAUGAUCACGGAAUACUAUGGAGAAAGACUCAUUGCCGAAGAAGUAUUCGACUUAUUACCGUACGGAAUGGACGGUUUUCCAGUUCUGCACGCCGACCAGGACUGCAUCAUUCUAUCGAGGCUGCCACCACUAGGAAACAAAACGGAGUGCACGUACUGGGUUCGCAAAAGUGUUGUCAGAAAAUCGCAACUGGCGAUGUGACUUCAUAUUCGACGCCUUCUGCAAGUCACAAAAGAUUGUAGUAGAUAACAUGAACUCUUGUUGAUAAACGCACGAAAACCGCUGUGUAAAAAAAUACUGACUUCUUCAGAUCGUCCUGAAGUUUUAGAUACUGGAGAUUUCCUGCAAUAGCAGUAUUGCAUUUAUUUUUCUUGGAGACAACAUAAUAAAUAUUUGACUCAAGGAUUUGCGCGAGGCA